UGAAUCUCUUCUAAAUCGCAAGUUCUUUUUUGUACAACUUAGAUCACUCAAGAUCUUUUGUUCGUCUUUUCUAAAUCUCUGAGUUUCAAAAUAGGAGGCGAUAGCAAAGCCAUAUGAUGGUUCAAAGUGUGUCCCAAAUAAUUCUCUUGCUAUUGCUAGUUUCCAAAAUCUUACCCAUGGCAGUAUCAGAAUCAGUUGCCAAGCCUAAAUGCGUCGAUCGCUGCGGAAAUCUUAUAAUCCCGUACCCGUUUGGAAUGGGAGCCAGCGAUUGUUACUGGAAUGAAUGGUAUGCAGUUGGUUGCAAGAAAACCAAAAAGUCUCACACGCCUUUCUUAAGGAAGGUGAAGUCUGAGAUACUUAAAAUUUCGCUAGAGGAGAGCACUCUUCUACUCAAAAGUCCAGUUAUUUCCUCUAACUGUUCUGGUGUUGUUGGAGAAACCGGUGAAGGCCUUAAUUUGAAAGGAAGUCCUUUUUACUUCUCCACCGAAAAUGCCUUCACUGCCAUGGGGUGCAACAGCUUUACUUAUAUCGCUGACCCUAUGCCUACUUUUAUGGGGUGCUGGUUAAAUUGCGACCAUAAAAGAACUUCUGGAGAAGUAGAGAAUCGUCACAAUGAUAGAGAUUACUGCCAGGGUAUGGUUGUUUCAGGUCUCCAAGUAUGGAAUAUAAGUAUAGAAAGAUACGACUAUGCUGUUGAAAGUGAUGGUCGACGAUGCAGGUUAGCUUUUCUUGCAGAAGAAUCGUGGUUUGGAGAGCAUAUAAAAAAAUCAAGUGUGGAGCUAGAGAAGAUAAAAUCUGUUGCAGUGCUUGUGGAUUGGUUCUUUGAGGGUGAUGAUGAAACGAACAAAGAAACCGUAUAUUGUGACCAUCGUGAAAAGUCUGUACAUUAUAACGAAAGAAGGAAAUGCAAGUGCAAGCCGGGCUACAAUGGCAACCCCUAUCUUCCCAGUGGGUGCAGUGAUAUUGACGAAUGCAAAAUUUCCGAGCAACAUGGAUGCCAUUGGCCGACUACUUGUGCGAAUAAACCCGGAGGAUAUGAGUGCCGUGUUCGUAGAUCUUUGAUUAUCACUUGCUAAUGACUUCAUUUUCAAAAUCUUGCAAAAACAUAUUAAGAUUAAUAUUUAUUUUGAUAGGCCCAUGGUGCUCAAAUGUUCAUUAUAAGCAACUGCUCCCUCUGUGAAACAAAAAUACCAUCAACACUUAAUUAACCUAAAACUUUUUGUUUAGACCUAAAG